AAGACAAGGUUUGGCGAAACUUCAUCGGUUAAUACAUUAUACAUUGGCAUGUUAUCAUAAGAUCCUUAAUUAUCAAGGCAGUGUGACACAAGUAGUACAAACUUACACCACAAGAAUUUGUGCUUAGACCUUAAUUAAUGGGAUGUGCAACUGAGAAUGAACAAUUGAACCAAAGGGAGAAUGGAAGUAAUUGUAACUCGGCUGCCACUGGAGAUCGGUUUGAAGUAGAUGGUGUUUCUGAUAAAUUUCAGAAAUUUAAGGAUACGAGUUCCAUCACCGAUGAUGAAUCAGAUUCAGAUGGCCUUUCUGAUAUUGUUGAUGUUGAGAUUGAUGGCUACCUGAAUAAUGACAAGGAGACGCGUUAUAAGACAAUUAUAUGGGAAGAAAUGAACAAAGAGUAUCUUGAGGAACAAGAAGCAGUAGCUGCUGCUAAGAUGGACGCUAGUCAGAUAGACUUGGAGAAUUGUUCUGAUGAAUUACAAGCUGCGCAUGAAUUAGCUGCAGCAGCUACAACAGCUGUGGCCAAGUCGAGAAAGGAGCGAAAACGAAAACAAGAUUUGAAUGCCAAGCCUGCUCAAACAGCUGCAGAAGCAGCUCAUCAAAUGCCAAUCAAGAAGAGACUCAGUUCGAAAAUCAACUAUGAUGUGUUGGAGACACUCUUUGCCAACGAUCCACCUUCUGAUUCAAAUAAAAAAGCCAAAGCAUCAAAUGGUGAUGGAAGCGAUGGUGAGAAAGAGCAUGAUAGGGACACCACAGACAACUAUGAAGAGCUGGGACAAGGGUAUGAAGACAUGGAACAGGAAGAUGCCACAAGAAUAUAUAGCAAUGGAUUGCACUAUGAAAAUGAAGAGGAUUUUGAUGACUAUAACUAUGAUAAUGGUGACGAUGAAUAUUAUUGAAUUGAUAAGUAAUUGCAUUCAGAGAUGUAACUCA